AUCUAAAUAUUUUCUGCCUCUUCUCUACAACUUUAACAUAAAGAUAUGUGGAUGCCACUUGAAUAUCACGAGUUCUUUUAUUCUUCUUUAGAAUGAGGUUUUCUUUAUCAUGGAUACAUUUGAGUCAAAUGUAAAAAUAUUAGACCUACUUGUCCAGACAGCCAUAAGCAAUUUUACAAAUUGGCCAAUCAGAUACUUGAAGUACUGAUGAACCAGAGCUUAGUGAGGAGAGUAAUUUUUUAUUUAUUGUUUUAUUGUGACCAUUAUCUUGAGGAUAGUCAAAUCAAUGUCAUUACAAAUCUUUACAAGCAUCUUUAUACAUUAUGAUGGUAGCUUGGAGACUCAGUUCUCCCCUCCCCCCCCCAUCAAAUAUGUAGUGCUACAAUUUCCUUUUAAAAUGUAGGAAUUUAGGAAGUAAAAUGCUUGGUUGUUAAAAAUUCAUUUCGUUCUAUAUCUGCUCUUUUGGUUAUCCAACACCUCGAUGAAAAAGUAACUACAUACUCAUUUAAUUUGUUCUUUGUUAAUUGUAUUUGCCUUCUCUCAGAGACAUCUACAACAAAUGUUUGAACUAUUUCUAGCAGUCCUUAAUUGAAAAGCUCCAAAAGCAAGGGAGAACCCAUUCCACCACAUGCCCAGUUUUUCUUGUUAAUUUAUUGUUUUGGCACUGCUGUGGGAAGCUAGGAGUGAGGAAAUAAACCAAACUGGCAUGGAUAGGCUGUCCAAAUUUUAAAAGCUCAAUAUGUAAGGAAGAGCACAUAUCCCACCAUAUAUACCCAGCUUUUCUUGUUCAUUUGUUUUAAUAUUGCUGGGAUGGAUAGGCACUCCAAAGUUAAAGUCAAAUCUCUAUAUACAUAGAGAAUAUAUUCCACUAGGUACAUACUUUUUAUUAUUGUUUGGUACUACUGUGGAAAAAAGAGGGUACAAAAAGACAAACCUGCAUGACUAGGCAGUCCAAAGUUAAUGUAAAAGCUCAAUAUAGUGAGCUUUUGUUUUGGUGUUGGGGGAAGCUGUCAAGGUGAAAACAACAUACAUAAGCAGUCCAAAAUUAAGGUAAAAAAUCAAUAUGCAAGAGAGAGACCAGAUACCAAGCUUUUUCUUGUUAAUUUGUUUUGGUAUUUAUGGGAGAAGAUGGCAGAGUGCAAACAGGGCCAAAACAGCGAGUCAAACGAAAGGGAUUAGUUCAACCUGUGUCCAUCCACAGACUAUCGAAUCCACCAAUAGCUUGGUCAUUUCUUAACAUUUUGGUCUGUCUGAUAAUAGAGAAUGGCCUUCACGCGUCUGACCAAAAGAGUGUGAUAAACGACUAGGUAAGUGAGAGUUCCCGGGAACGACCAACCUCAGGUCAUCACCCGGAUGACCUCAGUGGAAAUCUCAUGCGUGAUGCGGUUUCGUUGGUAGUUGGUAGUGUAGCGAAGCGAGACGGGGCGCACGUCCGAGGUCCGACGACGCAGUCUCAACGAGCGCAUGCGCCUUCUUCGUGUUUUCCUUCUGCAUGACAACAAACUGGUGUCAGAGGACAGAGCCGUCAGAGGCACCUCGUUGUCGUCUUGGUCGUUGGCCGUCGUCCUCCUUUGUCGAUUCUGUUUCCUCGACGGCCCAGAGGAAACGGCUCUCUACGCCAGAAGUAUUUAACAAUAUAAAGUUUUAGCCCUGUCAGAAUGGACUUGCGGAAGUGGAACAUUUUUCCCCUUCUGGAAAGCGACUUUAUCUCUGAAGUGAAGCUUGUCUCCGUGUUUGGCACUGCUGGAAAUGAAGCACUUCUAUUGAUGAAAAAUGACGAUGUGUAUGCAAUUGGAGCCAACACUUGCGGCUGCCUCGGCUUGGGACAUUUGCUGAGCACACUGAUACCUCAGAAGGUUCACCUCUUGUGUAAAAAAGGCAUAAAAGGUUUCGCAUUUGGCAACGGUCCUCAUGCCAUUGCAUUCACAUCAACGGGAGAAGUGUUUAGUUGGGGCCAUAAUGGCAACUACGAGCUAGGGACAGGAACAACACUCCACUCCGCAUCGCCCAAUCUUAUUGGGUGCAGCCUAACAGACAAAGUCGUCAUGGAGGUCGCCUGCGGGGCUCACCACUCUGUGGUACUCACUAACGACGGGGAGGUAUAUGCUUGGGGCCAGUACAAAAACGGGCAGAUGAUAUCUUGCAUCAAUCAAAAUCAAUUGUUACCAAAGAAAGUUCAGUCAACAAUCGCUGGGAAGAUCAUAGUCGGAAUCGCCUGCGGCCAAUCGCACACCAUGGCAAUUACUAAUAAAGGAGAGGUGUAUGGUUGGGGAUUCAACAUCGUAGGACAGCUCGGUUUGGGGAACACCAUGAACCAGUUGAAUCCAUGUCGAAUUAUGGCGUUGAGCAACACAGUGAUUGUUAAGAUUGUAUGUGGAAAUUCACAUACCCUUGCUCUCUCCGACGAGGGAAAAGUAUAUGCCUGGGGUGCCAACACGUACGGGCAACUAGCUUCUAACUCUAAAAACAACGUAUUGACUCCAGAACAAAUCCCUGAAAACAUCGGAAGAAUCAUAGAUAUUGCUGCGAAUCAUUAUUCACAUAUUUCAGCUGCGAUAACAGAAACUUCCAGGGUUUACAUGUGGGGGCAAUGCAGAGGGCAGUCAGUUUUUGAUCCCAUUCUCACGCCGUUCUCAACCCUGCACGAGGUCUUCGCCAGUUAUAGCUCCCCGCCUGUUACUUACCAGCCGGUGCCCAUCGUUUCUGACUUCGGCGUCGAAGAUAGCAUACGAGCAGCUUUCGACGACAGGGGUACGAGCGACCUGACCAUACGCGUCGAAGGCAAAGACAUUUAUGUCCACAAGGCUGUGCUCAAAAUCCGCUGCCAACACUUCCGCUCUAUGUUCCAGGACCACUGGGAGGAAGACAAGAAAGACGUUCUUGAGAUAACACAGUUUUCGUAUCCAGUGUAUAAGGCUUUCUUGCAGUAUUUGUACACCGAUCAAGUCGAUCUUUUGCAAGAACAAGCGCUGGGGUUGCUAGUCCUCGCGAACGCCUAUUGUGAGGAUUCUCUGAAAAAGCUGUGCGAGGAGGUGAUCAGACAGGGGAUCGAUAUCGAAAAUGCCGCCGAGCUGUACAGCAAUGCCAUCACGUUUCAAGCCAAGGAGUUGGAGGACUUUUGCUUUAAUUUUGCUUUAAUCCAUAUGACCCAGGUCGUCCUUUCAAAAGGCUUUUCGUCCCUUGAUGAAGUCACUGUUAAGAACUUCAUCGCCCGUGCUGCCGAAGCAGGCGCCUUCAAAACAUAAGCCAGUUUUUUCUUUGUGAUAACCUACGCAUACAUUGUGAUUAGUUAAAGACUAAAUAUCUGUGAUAUGAAGGCUGAGUUAUUUUUAGAACUUAGAAAUUCAGUGCAAACUUUCACAGUUGGAGAUCUCUUUUAUUUAUUCACAUUCACUGUUAUCACUGCAUUAUUAUAGAUUUUAUUGGAUGUUUUUUAACGCCCGUUUGUGGAAUCAUUCCUGAAAUUAGAUUUUGCUUGAGUCAGCGCCUGAUUACCCCAAGAAGAUUGUAAUACUAACAAUUUGACUAUUAUUUUAUCCAAAUAAACCUAUUGUAGUUUAUUUAUUUAUUAAAGUGCUAAAGGCUUCUAAUAAACUAAACAAAUUGUCGAAUCAUUAAAUUUGAAGCGACUCAAAAGGUUUUUUUAUAACACUGUCAACAAAGAUGAAACUUUUUACUGUAGCGACGGACUGUAUCAGGAAUAAUCCAAUUUGAGAUAUAAUAAUAAUUUUUAUUACAAAAAUAAAUGGACAUAGCCAAAUUAAAAGACAGACUGACAAUUCUCACCAUCUCGAGUAAAUUAGAGAAGGAACCAUUGACAUGGAACUUUUGGUGAUGGAUGAAUUUUUGAAAAUACGCUUAUUUGCAGAAUUUUUAAACGAUGGGAGGAAAAUCAAAAACUUUACAUUCUAGAUUAUACAUCCAAUCAGUUUAUACGGUUUGAAUGUUUAAUAUUACCUUAAUUUUUCUUCAUUAGUUUAACAACGUCUUCCACAAUUUAUAAAUUAGAUUUUCUUACAAGUUCUACUAGUGUUAACAUUCCUUUUCCUUGGAAGAAAAAAAAAAUUUCUAUUGUUAGAGCAGAAAUACCAUAUUUUUGAAUUAAUAGUAGCCCAAUAGUUUAAAUACAAGUAUAUUUAUUGGUUGUGGGCAUCUGCCUGUUAAUAAAAUAAAUAAAAAUCAAUUAUUUAAAAAAAAUUGAGCAAGAAAAAAUCACAUUUGUGUAAGUGGUAAAAAAUUAGUUUCCUAUUUCCCUUAUAUUUUCAUGUAAAAUCUUAAUUUCAUUUGCUAUUUUAAUUGCUAAGUGCCUGAAAAAUUGAGAAAUGGUACAAACUCGUAUUUAUAAAAUUUAAGACUAAAUCAUUCAGAUUUACAGAAAAAAUAACCAAAGGUAUAUUAUUUUAUUGUACAGUAGUGAGGUUGUAAACAAAAUUGAGCAUGGGGCUACUAUUAGGUCAAGUAUGGUAAGUUUAUGUUAUUUUAUAUACAAAUAUAUAUACAUGUACUAACAUUAUUUUGUAUUUUUGGUCUUAAUAAAGGACAAUUUUAUAUA